AUGCAAAAGGGGCUUCAAUCAGAUAUGCAAGAAUUGUUACCACUGGUGGAGCACAGGAUGUGUGCAAGACACAUCCUAGCCAACUGGGCAAAAGGAUGGAGAGGUCUUCAAAGAAAGAACCAAUUCUGGAAGUGGGCAAAAAGCAGAUUUGAAGGAGAGAUGAAGAUAAAUAUAGACAAAAUGAAACAACUUGGUACUGCCAAGGAUGGUAAGGAUAUUGUUGCAGAUUUACUGUACUACCCACCUGAAACUUGGUGUAAACUGUACUUUAGAACUGACAUUAAGUGUGAUAGUGUGGACAAUUAUAUGUCUGAGAGCUUCAAUGCCUGGAUUUUAGGACCAAGGCAUAAAACCAUUAUCACUAUGCUUGAAGAGAUUAGAGUGAAGGUAAUGACUAGAAUAGGUCAGUUGAGUCAAUUUCCAAAAACAUGGUUAACCAAUAUAUCUCCAAUGGCACUGAGGGUACUAGAAAUCAAUAUAAAGAAGUCAAUGGAAUGUAAUAUUGAUUUCAAUGGUGAGAGAGGGUUUGAAAUUAGUGAUUGGCCAUAUCAACUUACUGUUGAUUUGAGAAAUAGAACUUGCAGUUGUAGGGACUGGAUGCUCAAGGGAAUACCAUGUCAACAUGACCUUGCUGCCAUAUUAUAUAAGAAGUAUGAACCCAUUGCGUUUGUUGAUAGUUGCUACAGUAAGGAGGCCUACUUGAGGACUUAUUGUCAUUUUCUUCAACCAGUCACCAAUAUGAAAAUGUGGCCUGUGUCCAAUAACCCCUAUGUUGCACCACCAGUUGUAAAUCCUAUGCCAGGCAGACCAAAGAAGGUGAGGAGAAGAGAAGCAACUGAGUCAAAAAGAUAUGGUAAGUUGUCAAGAAAAGGAGUUGACAUGACUUGCAACACUUAUCAUGGUAAAAACCAUAAUAAAAGAGGUUGUCCUUUGAAGGUAUGA